AUGCCUCCCAAGCGAAUUGCCGUCGAUCGAUCGGGCUCCCGCGGUGCCUCCAAGGGCUUUCUUGCCUCGACCUACGAUACAUUGACCUCAUCAGACAAUGCUGCCGUCGUUCGCAGCAUUGGUGUCUUUGGACUUGCAGUCGCUUUCCUGGCCAGCUCCUGGGGCGAGGUUUUGCUGCCACCGUAUGUCUAG